AUGGCUAGUGGGAACCCCCAGAACGUCAUCCGCAGGAAACUCGUCAUCAUCGGCGACGGCGCCUGCGGCAAGACAAGUCUGCUCAGCGUCUUUACACUCGGCUACUUCCCUACAAUCCCGACCGUCUUCGAGAACUACGUAACCGACUGCAGAGUGGACGGCAAGUCCGUACAGCUUGCUCUGUGGGAUACAGCCGGCCAGGAAGAUUACGAGCGCUUGCGACCCCUUGCCUACUCCAAGGCGCACGUCAUCCUGAUAGGCUUCUCCGUCGAUACGCCAGACUCGCUCGACAAUGUUAAGCACAAGUGGAUUGAGGAAGCGACUCGCCUUUGCGAGGGAGUGCCCAUCAUCUUGGUCGGGCUGAAGAAGGACCUGCGCGACGACCCCGUCGCGAUUGAAGAGAUGCGCAAAAAGUCUCUGCGCUUCGUCACCACCCACGAUGGUGAAGCUGUCGCUCGCGAAAUAGGAGCCAAGAGGUAUCUCGAAUGCUCUAGUCUCAGCGGAGAGGGUGUCGACGAUGUCUUUGAGGCAGCCACCAGAGCCGCUCUCCUCACAUUUGAAAAGGGAGAGAGCACUGGCUGCUGCGUCGUUCUGUAAGGCGGGCUGUCGUGUCGACUGCUCUGACCACCACAGGAGUCGAUACCGACACGGGCGAACCGAUAAUGGUUGAAACGCACGUUACGAGCCUUGAUCUGACGCAUGAGGUCAUGACAAUGAUGCUUGAAUCUUGAGCUGAUUGCUCCUCGACGAAGAAUAUCUCUGCGACGCAAAGCACAAGCGCGUUUCGCUCUCACCAUCUCACAGCUUGACGCCAUUCAACGGGGGGGGGGCUUACGUUCCUUUUGAUAAUGCAAUCACUUGCAUCAAGGGCAGACACACCACCCUCGGACUAUACUCCCGGUGGGGAGACGUCGAAAGACCAAGUAAUUUCGACGCCGUUUUGGGUAUACAAGCUUGUUGGAAAUUGUCUACACAUCUGUUUUUACUUGCUCUGUUUUUCGAUUACUGGUUUUUUGUAUCUCGCAAGUUUGGCAAGCGUAUCCUGUCGUAACGGAGGCGCAAACGCUUCGCAAUGAGGCGGCUUCGGCCUCUAUACUGAUAUGGUGGAUGGCAUAGAAUCGAUAACUGGUAUGUACCGGUUUUCCCCCUUCUCUGUGGUAUAUGGGUAUCUUUAUUCUGGGCG